UUGUCAACGUCAAAUCAAUUGAUGAAUUCAAGAUCAAGAUCAAGAAAACUGUGAUUUUCGUGAAGAAGCUAUUAUAUACAAUAAUAAAAAUUGAAUUUGUGAUAAAUUGUCGUGCAAUGUGUGAAACCUUAUUUUGUUAUUUUAGAAUAAAAUCGUUCAUCAACUAACGUGACAAUGGCCGAUACCCAAGUAGCGAAUAUUGUUAAUGAAAUUUUGGGGAUCCAAUUCCAGCGAGUGGAAACGGUUGAGGAAGCUUUCAGUGGUUUCUUGGUUCAUAAACCGGAGGAAGAAAAUGAAAGGUUAGCGAUGUAUCAAAAGAAGCUCUGCGCAGUUAUGACGACCAGUAGCCCAGAAGUGCAGGAAACUGCAAUUCGUCAGUACAUAACGCUGACUGCAGUGCUCACUAAUAGGUAUAGAAUGAAACAGCUUCUGGGUCUACUAGAAAACUUAGUAAACACAAAUGUGUUACAGGCAAGAAUGCUCUGUGACUGUAUACUAACAAAUGAGAAGCUUGUCUAUAAGAACAGUGACUAUUGGAUUGAAUGUUUUAGUUUAAUUAGAAGAAUUAUUGGGGGUGUUGACUAUAAAGGUGUCAGAGAAAUAAUGAAGGGAUGCAGGGAAAAGGCGCAAACACUGCCUAUGAGAUUAAACUCGAGCACUUUGCCUCAAAUGAAAGCAUUGUAUAAUGUGAUUGAAUAUAUUUUUGAUCGCAAUGCCUCCCUAUUGCCAGCAUAUUUCAUUGUUACAGAAAUUCAGAAGGAUUAUCCAGAUAAUAACCACUGGCCACACUGGAAAUUGGCUAAACUUCUGUCAACAUUCGUGGAAAGUUUUAAACCUUGUGCACAAAUGGUGUCCAUUAUUGGCCAGUCUCAAAUGCUUCCUGUAGUAGAGUUCUCUGGAUAUGCGGACCAUCUUGUUAAUCCAUGGCGGCUGGAUCCCGCUACAUUAAGGUUUGCAUUGAAAGGGAAUUUGCCCUAUGAAGAAGAGUUGUUGAAGCCACAGAUUUCAUUACUGAGACACGUGUUACAGCAACCAUACUCUAGGGACAUGAUGUGUUCAAUGCUGGGCCUACAGAAACAACACAAACAGAGAUGCAUCGCAUUAGAGGAUCAACUAGUUGAGUUGAUGAUAUUGCCGAUGGAGAAAUGCGAGCUAGAAACUGAAGAGGACGAAGUAUCAUCAACUCAUUGGUGUUGGCUACAUUUGUCAUCUCAAGUUAUUUACCUUAUACUCAUAGGUUUUGCAUCGUUCCCUAAUAUUGUGAUGGGACUUCAUAACAAGCUUAUAGGCCAUGAUUUGAAGAAAGGCCGGGACCAUUUGAUGUGGGUCCUUCUACAGUUUAUUUCAGGGAGUAUACAAAGGAAUCCACUGUCAAACUUUUUGCCUAUAAUCAAACUGUAUGAGCUGUUGUAUCCAGAGAAAGAACCAUUACCAGUGCCCGACUGUGCCAGAGCUCAUUGCACACACCAAAUGGCUGUUGUGUGUAUUUGGAUGCAUUUAUUGAAAAAAGCUGAAUCUGAACUUAAAACCAUGACAUUGCCGCAAAACCUGAAAGUACAGUAUGAAUACCUCCAGCAUUUGAUGACUUCUAAUAACACACCAACCAUAAUGGGCUCAGACUAUCGCAUAGCUCUACUAUGCAAUGCAUAUUCAACUAAUCAAGAAUAUUACUCCCGUCCGAUGGGCAUAAUCAUAGAGUCACUAUUUGGUAAUCAAAAGGCUAUACCGAAUGGAAACCCAACGACUACACCUCUACCGACAACACCAUUGUCUAUGUGUAUUCUAGACAGUUUGACGUUGCAUUGUAAGAUGUCACUGAUACACUCUAUAGUGUCCCAUGUAGCGAAACUUGCGCAGAAUAAAACUAAUAUACCAGGAAGUAGUAUGAUGGCACCAGCUCUAGUGGAGACAUAUAGCAGACUGCUUGUUUACACCGAGAUUGAGUCUUUGGGCAUAAAAGGAUUUAUAAAUCAACUGCUACCGAAUGUGUUCAAGUCUCACGCUUGGGGCAUCUUUCACAACCUGCUCGAUAUGUUUUCAUACCGAAUCCACCACAUACAACCCCACUACAGAGUUACGCUGCUAUCAAACAUACAUUCGCUUGCAGCAUGCCCUCAACCCAACCAGACUCAAUUGCAAUUAUGCUUUGAAAGCACAGCAUUGCGUCUAAUAACUAGCUUGGACAGUUCCGGUGUGCAGUUGCAAAUGUCCCGCGUGUUUUCGGAACCGAAGUCACUUGUGUCCAGCGAGAGUGAAGAACUUAACCGAGUCCUUGUGCUCACUCUUGCUCGUGGGAUCUGUAUGUCAGCUGCAGCAGCUGGCAAUGACGGUGCUGCGGUGAAGGAAUUGCUUACGACCAUUAUGACCAAUACUCCGCAUUUGUGGUCACAACACACACUGCAGUGCUUUCCGCCUGUACUUGUAGAGUUCUUUGCGCAGAAUCCAGCUCCAAAAGAGAACAAGCAAUUGCUGAAGAAGUCCGUGGAAGAAGAAUAUAGGAAAUGGACAUCUAUGGCGAACGACAACGACAUCAUAUCACACUUCUCUGUCCCUGGGACGCCGCUGUUCCUCUGUUUGCUUUGGAAAAUGAUCUUCGAGACCAACAGAAUCAACCCCAUCGCUUUCAAAAUCUUGGAGCGAAUCGGCGCGCGCGCACUGUCGGCGCACCUGCGCAAAUUCUGUGACUACCUCGUGUUUGAGGUGACCAACCCCGCCGGCGGGCCGCACAUCAACAAGUGUGUGGACGCUAUCAACGACAUCAUAUGGAAGUACAACAUCGUCACCAUAGACAGGCUCGUCUUAUGCCUCGUCCUUCGGCCGAACCCCGAUGGCAACGAGAGUCAAGUGUGCCUCUACAUCAUUCAACUGCUGCUUCUGAAAGGGUCCGAGCUGAGGAACAGGGCGCAGGACUUCGUCAAGGAGAACUCGCCGGAGCACUGGAAACAGAACAAUUGGUACGAGAGACAUUCGGCCUUCCAUCGCAAGUAUCCUGAGAAGUUUGCCCCGGAGGAGACAAGCGGCGCAUACGGCGGCCCCAUACCCGUCUACCUCAGCAACGUGUGCCUCCGUUUCAUACCCGUCAUGGACAUCGUGGUGCACCGCUACCUCGAGAUACCGCAAGUCAGCAAGAAUCUCGAACAACUGUUGGAGCAUUUGGGUUACUUAUACAAGUUUCACGAUCGUCCAGUAACAUUCCUGUACAACACACUCCACUACUACGAGUCGAAGUUACGAGACAAGCCACUUCUAAAGAGGAAACUCGUCAAUGCAGUUUUGGGCGCUUUGAAGGAUGUUCGCGCCAACAACUGGGCUACGACUGAGGCGUUCCAGACUUAUUUGUCCAACACCGAAGUUGACGUCACGACUUGGACCCCAGAGCUCAAUUAUUUCAUGAGUUUGGUUAGCCGAAUGGUUGACACGAUGAACGGCAACUCGCCUUUCCCGCCCACUGACUGGCGCUUCAACGAGUAUCCAAACCCUUCGGCGCACUGCCUCUACGUGACGUGCGUGGAACUGAUGACAUUGCCGGUACUACCGAACGUCGUCGCGGACGGUCUCCUGGAAGUUGCGACGAAAGGUUUCGUCGUCAUUCCGGCGACGAAACUGCAACUGUGGAUCAACACUAUUGGUAUAAUAAUGGCGGCGCUUCCCGACCCCUACUGGACAGUGAUCCACGAUAAGGUGUUCGAGUUGAUGUGCAGUAGUGAAAUGGUCGAGUGGGCGUACCCGUAUACUCCGUUCCAGUUGUUCAACAUGAGUCUAACGAACGACGCGCUGUUGGAAAAUAGAUACAGUAUGACACUCGCCUUGGCGCAUGCGGUGUGGUACCACGCCGGCGCCGGGCAGAUCAUGCAGAUCCCCACGUUUGUCAAAGAGAAGCUAAGUCCAGAGAUACAAGUAGAGAGCCAGUUGAUCUUCCUUUGCCACCUGGUGGGGCCCAUCUUGCAGCGGUUCAACUCUGACGUAUCCCGAGCUGUGAUGGACAUCACCAAGACAUUGUACGACUCCCUGGCGCACCUGGACAAGACACAGCCACAUCUGCAGUACAUAGAUCCCGUGUGCGACCUGCUGUAUCACAUAAAAUACAUGUUCGUGGGUGACACGAUGAAGAGCGAAGUAGAAGGUGUGAUAAGGAAACUUCGGCCGGCCCUGCAGAUGCGUUUACGUUUCAUAACGCAUUUGAACGUGGACCAAAUAAACACCGCCUAGCAAAGCGACUACUACAGCUACACUCCGUCGAGUUCCAGCUCGAGCUCCGAAUGACAGUUGUGCUGUAGUCCUCAAGCAGACAAUGAAUAGUGCAAACGUUAAGCAAUAAAAGACCCUUAAAUGUACCAUGAGGUACUGUGCUUUAUAAUAAAAUCGUUUUAUACCGGCAUAGAAAUCUUUCUAAAUAAAAGGAGAUGGUCCAAUUCAGGUUCACUCUUGUACACCAUAUUAUCAUUAAAAUUAAAAAUACAAGUUUUUUUUUUAUAAAAAACCAAAUAAGUGACUAAUUCUAAUUAAAUAAUAAGAAAUAAAUUAAAUUAAAAGCCAAGUUUUGAGUUAUAUCAAAAUGGCGCCCUCAAAGCAACUGUGACACGACAAUUGACAGUAAACGUCAAAACGACUACUGCAUUGAAAACGUCAUCCAUCCGCCAUUGUUACCCUCAUUAGUGUUGUAUUUCUUGGAAGAGAAUAAAUAUUAUUAUUUCAAAAGAAUUAAAGUAAAUUUCUUUUUUUUUCUUUAUUUCCACAAUUGUACAAUGACUGAUCCUGGGCUCCACACAAUUUUGGACCAUCUCCUUUACUGUUUAAAAUAUUACUCUAUGACUGGAAGCAUUAGUUAAUGAUAAUAGUUAAUAAAAUUUUGUUAUAAGUGUAAUUAAGUACUGACAUUUAUUUGAUCGACGAAAAAAUACAACUAAAUGUACAUAUUACGUUCGCAUACUGUCAUUCGUCCUACUUUUUAAUUUAAUUAGGAUUUUUUGGAGUUUACUCAUUAAGAAUCAAUUUUUCAUAUAUAGCCCCCGGUAUGAAAUAAAUAUGGGCAGUAAAAUUCGAUGUACGAAUGACAGCGUUACGUUUUUGUGCGCAACCUAUUCUGCGUACCUUUCACCGUGCGCUGCCGCCAACAGUUGCACGCAUGUGCACGCUGUUGGCGGGCGCGUACGCCGCGGCCUGCUACUCCUCGGUUGCGCCCUUUUCACUUUUCAGGCUUUGAGUAUUGAGACGUACAUAGUGUACGCUGCGAGGCAACAUACACCUAUUUAGACAGUCGAUCUGAAAGAGUAAACUCCAUUCGUGCGUCAGACAUGACACACUUUUUUUAACGUGUUAAUGAUUAUAAAUUGCGACAAUCAUAAAUUAAUAGUUAUAAUAGUUAACUGUACUCGGUAAGCGUAUUAAAGUGAUUUAAUUUAUUGGUAUUAAACCAUUGUGCCUCGUAAACAUACAAUGAAACAUGUAUAUGUUAUGUUGAUCAUUUUUCUGUUUCUUCAGUCAUUUCCUCAAUAGAUCACUGCCCAAAUUCGGGCAAAUCCUGACGUGAUAAAUGAUUAGUAGUGCUGACUUGCUGCCAGUGAAGAGAAAUAUAGACAAAAUAUAGUCCAAUGGCAACCGAGUUGCCCCAGACCCAUCUCUUUCGUACCAACGCAAUUAAAGAGAUAGCGGUAUUUCCGGUAGCUUCGCCAUUGGUUGAAUUUUGUAGAUUUACCUUUCUCUUUCUUUUAUAUCGUAUAGAGAAUAGAUACAGGUGAAUUCGAAACUCGAACUAGUGAGUUUUAAAAACACUGUUACUGAAUAGCUUACUUCAAGGUGUGAAAAUAUGCGAGUGUGCUUCCAAACUACUGUAGCUCUUUUCUAUAACUCAACACGACUCUCUUUGUCCCACAUAAUACUAUAGAUAGAGAAAGAUAGAGAUGAAUUCGAAACUCAUAUUGUUGAGUUAUAAAAAUAACUAAUUUUAAUUUUAAGAAUUAAUAUUUUAAAUUACGAAUAGAUUAAAGGCUUACUUAAUGUUAAUACGAAUAGUUAGGAUUAUUAAGUGUAAAGAAUAUACGAAUGAAAUACAGUUAAUCAAAUUAAAUUCAUAAGCUUUUCGUUUCAAAAUCUAGAAUAGUCAUAUUUUCCGAAUUCUUGCUAGAACAUUAAUAGACCUACAAUUAGAAUAUUAUUGUUUGAAAAAAUAAUUGCUCAAUAGUUCUGUUGCAUACAGUUUAAAAUUAACUGUAUAUUAUGACGUUGUAUUAUAUUAUAUAUAAUUCGAAACAAUGGAUGUAAAUUAGGAUAAAUAUACAAAUAAAGAUAAUGUCUUCUUGAAAAAUUGUUAGUACAAAAUUUUAGUCUCAUCAAAAAAAAAUCGAAACAUUCUGCUAGUACUGUUCAGGCGGAAUGUUUCGAUUUUUUUGAUGAGAAGUAUACAACUGUGCGAGGGCUAAAGUUUUGAGCUCAGCAGAUAGGGUUACGUACAUUAGCUGAGACGUGGGUUUCAGUUCCAAUUUCUUUCGGUUAAAUAUCUUCUAGAUCUGUAUAGGGUGUCCCAUAAUGGAUAAAACGCAAAUGAUCGAUACACCACCUAAUUAUCUGAAACUAAUUUGAAUAGUUUUCCAAAAAUCCCUAGGGUGACCAUGUUAUAUUUUAUUUCGGAUUUUUAAAAUUUUUCUAUCUUGAAUUAAUUUUUUAAGUGCUGUAGAUUAAAUUACUUAUGUAAGUUAAUACUAUUUUUAUAAAUAGUGUUUUAUUUGUUUGGUACAUGAAGCUUUGAGUGCAAUCAUUAUUUUUCUUUUAUUAAGAUGACCCGAUUUAAACAAUAGUUCUGUAAAAAGAAUGUAAAGAACUGAAGUGUACUAUCAUUUUAAAAACUUUUACACACAUCGAGGUGUGUAAAUUGGUAUAAAACUAGUACUUAUAGAUAAUUAGGUGAUGUAUCUACCAUUUGCGUUUUAUCCAUUAAUUACGGGACACGCUGUAUAGUCUUUAGCACAAUCAAGUUGUGUUGUUGUAAUUUGUUAUAGCUAAAGUAUAUGAAUUCAAACUUCAUAUGAAUUCAAACUUCAUAGCCCUCUAACAUCUUGUUAAGAUUAAUACAGCGGAGUUUACCUAAAAGCAAUAAAUGAUACAAAUAAUAUUUGCCUAGUGCAAGAUAGAUGGUGUCUAUUGACAGGAAAUUAUUUUGGUAAAAGUAAACCUAUGGAUGUAAUCGGUUGUUGGUAUCAAUGUAUGCCGAAGUAGCGGAUAUAAUAUUUUUCGAUAAUUAUAAAUAGUGUUACAAGAUGUAUACAUAAAUAAUAACAAUAUAUAUAGUUGGUGUCACAUAAAUAGAGCGACAAUCGACCUGUGUGUGUUUACUUACAUUUACACUGUUGUAAAUUAAUUUUCUCUCAUUAAUUUAUUCUAUAAGUAUCAACACUGCACUUUCUAAGUGUUAAUCGCUUUAUGAUUAAUAGAAACUCUAUGAAAUAUCUUAUCAGUUUGAUACAACACAAUCAAUUUUAUUUUUAAGUUUUAUUUUACGUUACUUUUUUUACAAUUUUUUAUUUUAUUUAAAUUGUUUUUAGUUAUGGAUAAUACUAAAGACUUUAGCGUAAUAAAAGUUAUCGUACUGUAUUCUAUCUAGAUCGGAUCGAAUUUUUCUUUUUUUCUAAGCUAGUUUGGUAUAGUUGUAUAGCUUGGCAACUUCGUUCUGGGGCGUGUAGCGAUGAAUGAAAACCCGAUGACUGAUGCAUCUCACUUAUCAUCAUCAUCUUUUUACUACAGUUUAUUAAGAGGGGGGUUUAGAUCUUUUUGUUUGUACAUAUUGAUAUUUUGUCUUGCCAAGGCAUAUUCUUAUACAUACAUACAGGAUGCUCGGGAGUAUUUUCCAUAACUCUGGGUUAUUUUCUUUACCGAAAAUUAAUUUAAAAUGUUCAAGGAACAUGUGUUUUAAAAUCAAUAUUUUCGGAGUAAAUAAUAUUUCUUUUGUAAAUAGAUCUUAAAAUGUGUCCCUUAUACGCAUCGUUAUAAUGAAGCAGCAAGUUUUACGUAUUUUAAAAUGCAAGGAUAGAUAAAGGUGUGUGUUAGAUGGAUAGUCGGAAUUAUUUGAAUUAGUUUGUAUGAAAACAUAAAACGUUAUUAUUUAUUAUUUAAAAAAAUAUUAGUUACGUAGUUCGGCUCCAAUAAGUGGACUCGUCAACACAUUUAAGUUAUGGCAAAUACUCCCGAGCAACCUGUAGAUAUUGACGGGCUGUUGUAAGUACACCACCUGUGUAACAUAUAUUCAUUCAUUAUUAUAAAAGUCCACCUUCAAACUACUGAAAUACUGAAUAAGCAACGUUUUUUUUUUAUUCAGAUAGACUCAGGACGGAGUUUCUGAGAUGUAUACACGUACUAAGAAAGUAGUUUUGGUAUUUGCAACUUUACAGGAUAUCUUCUUGAUGAGGAAUUUUGUAUAAAAUUAUUUUCUUCGAAGUAAAAAUGGUUAGUGGUUUCCAUGCAGACGAACUCGAAGGCGUAUGUUAGUGCUUUACAUAUAAAUGAUAAUUGAUCAAGCCCUGAUGGUGGAGCGAGAAGUUUAUUAAUGUCAGAGAAUUUUCAUGAUUUUCAAUUUGUUUUCUUAAUUUAGUUUUAAGUUACCUACAUUUUAUAUGUGUCCUCCACUAUGAAGUAAAGUGUACUUCAUAAGUAAGUUUAAGAUGUAAAAUUAAGUACUUAGGCUAAAAUGUAUUUGCACAUUACUCCAAUAAUCACAAUUAACUUUCAAAAAAUUGCAAUAAUUUUUAUCACAAAAUUGUUAUAUUACAUGAGUUUGUAAUAUACAAAUGUAUAUACAUCACUAAUGGUUGUUUUCAUUUAUUGUUAAGUCAUGACGUACAUCACGUUUAGUAUGAAUCAAAUCAAUUGUUUGUGUAUAUAAAACGGAUUUUGGAAAAUAAUUUUAUUUAGACAACGUGUUACUUAUUUGAUUAGUGCCUUACUUACUUUACCUUACUUCUUGUUGUUCUAACCAAGUUACUAAUCAACUCUCCACAAACGCUAACGCUUCGAAAAGUAAUUUCAUGAAUAGUUUAUAAAACUAAAUAAACACGCUUGAUACCGAUAUCAUGAGGGUGCAUUUCAAAUAGCCUGUCCGCCAUCUUGGACGUCCGCCAAAUUGGAUUUAAGCCACGUGACUAUUAUUUUGUCGCAUUCCUGACAGCAAACACUUUUAUUUGAUAUCCAUAUCAUGGGCGUGGAUUUCAAACAGCCAGCCCGCCAUCUUGGGGAGGCCGCCAUAAUGGAUUUGUAAUGAAUCAUUUGAAUUUCUUAGCUAGUCAUGUAUUUUCAUCAGAACUCAGAGCGUGUGCAAAAUUUCAUCCUAAUCAAAGACCGGGAAGUGGGUCAAAUUAAGAUUCCAAGAUUUUCUUACAUACGUAGUUACAAGUGAAGCUAAUAUAAGCGUGUUAAAAAGUGUAUGGGGAUGACAUUCAUUGCAAAUAAAUUAUUGAUAGGUCACGUAUUCAACCUAUCAAUCGUUUAUGCCAUUCCCAUACACUUAUAUUAUUAGUUUUCGUUAGCGUUUGUAGAAAGAGAAUUUGAAUGUGUAGCUUGACUUACAAUCCAUAUGUUGUGAUUUCUUCUCCAGACUGAAGCGUUUGGAACCAAUAUAGCUUUAAUUUUAAUUUAUCAGUAAUAUUUUACAAUAAUUUAAAAAUAAUAACAAAUGUUUGGAUUUUAGAACAAAGUUGAAAUAAUAUAACAUUGAACAAAUAAAUUUAAACUUUGUUAGUAAUUGGACUAAGAAACCUUUGUAAUUUACAUAAUACAUUUUGUAACGGUGAUAUAUUAUACUGUUAUAUUUAUUAAACAUAUUCGCUAUAUUAAUGUAUGAAGAUGACAUUUUCAGUAAUGACUGCAUUUAAAACGCCUUCUCUGUUUUUUCACAGCAGUUUGAGUAUAAUUCAUAUUUUGUAACAGGUUGUGUAGAAUUCAGUAUUGUUUUGUGCAAAAUUAUAAUUAAUGAAUUACAUUUUAUAUAAAGAAUACAUGAGUUGUAUAUUAUUUUGUUUUUAUUAUAAGUCCAGUAUUGUUAUAAGAUACUUAAUAAAUACAAUUAUACAUCA